CUUUCCCACCUCUGUAUCGCUGUUAUCGAUAACAGACGCCAAGGCAUAUGCAUUUUGGUAUUUCAAAAUUGAUUGAAUUCACUUAACUUUCGACGACAUAUACAAAAUGUCUGAGGACAAGGACGCCUGGGACGAUAGCCUAUUGGUCAAGGCCUACGAUGACUCCGUGAACUUGGCCCGUGAAACUCUAGCACGCCGCAUUGCCGACUCCACCAACAACCGACGCGAGGAAAACGAGGCCGAUGAAAACGAAAAGCCGGACAUGGAACAAACGGAGAAUAAACCGUUUAAAGUAGGCGACUUUGCACGCGCCACAUACACUGAUGGCCUGGAUUACGAAGGCAAAGUGGCUUCUAUUAAUGAGCAGGCGCAAACCUGCAUACUGCGCUAUGUGGGAUAUGAAAACGAACAGGAAAUUCCCCUGGCCGAAUUGUUGCCAACGUGGGGCGCCGACGCACGUCGCUUGCAGCACGAGGUAGCUAAAGCGGAUGCCGAGGAUGCUGAAGCUGAGCCAACAGCUCAACAGCAACGUGUCAAGAACAACAAUAAGAAACCAGCUGCCGCCAAAGGAAAGCAGCAGGCAACCAGCUCACGCGCCAGUGGAUUGAGUAUGCCUCCAAUGCCGAUGGUGCCACCAAUGUUUGCGUCCUCCUCCGCUGGGGUGGAUGGUGAACCGGAUCAGGACUUUGUGGCUAUGCUGACAGCCUGGUACAUGUCUGGAUAUUAUACUGGAUUGUAUCAGGGCAGGAAGGAGGGAGGCGCUAAGAAGAAGGCAGCAAAGAAAUAAUCAUACAAAGUAAUCCAUCUCAAGCAGAGAGCAAGACUCUUUAUUUCAUCUAGACAUUAAGAAUAAAAAAAUGUUAAG